UUCUUCUUCUAGAAUCGUCUUUUGCUCAUUUUCGUCGGACUGUUACUCGUCGGAGAAUCUCUCAGUAUGGCUAGGUCACCGAACAAACACGGCCGCGAUCAAACUCAGGAUUUCCAGGGAUUUUUGAAUGACUUGCAGGAUUGGGAGCUUUCAUUGAAGGAUAAAGACAAGAAGAUUAAGCAGAAACCUUCUAAUUCGUCGAAUCUGAAUAGUGAGAAAUUCAAACCAAGUGGUUCAGGGCAGUAUGACUUUGUUAAGAAUUAUAGCUCCAUUAGUGAUUUGUCGAGUAGUUUGAUCGGAGAAAGUCUACUGGAUUCUAGUUCAGAGAAGGAGCAGGGGAAUGAGUUUUUCAAGCAGAAGAAGUUUAAUGAGGCGAUUGAUUGUUACUCUCGGAGCCUUGCUUUAUCGGCAAAUGCUGUGGCUUAUGCAAAUCGCGCAAUGGCUUACCUGAAAAUCAAAAGAUAUCGAGAGGCUGAGGUAGACUGCACAGAAGCUUUAAAUCUGGAUGAUCGAUAUAUAAAAGCAUACUCACGCCGAGCAACAGCCAGAAAAGAACUUGGGAUGAUUAAAGAAGCCAAAGAAGAUGCUGAGUUUGCUUUAAGAUUGGAGCCUGCGAGCGAGGAGCUUAAGAAGCAAUAUGCCAACAUCAAAUCUUUGCUAGAGAAAGAAAUCGUUGAGAAAGCCACUGGAGCAAUGCAAAGCACUGCGCAAGAGUUACUCAAAACAGCGGGUUUAGAUAAGAAAACAAAAUUGCCAAAAACACAAGUGAAUCUGAAGCCAGUAACCCUAGGGGUCAAAACAAACAGUGAUAAGGCUCGUCCUGAUUCAGUUAGGAAGGAAAGUUUGGGGAAGAAGCUUAUAGAAAACGUACAACCUGAGCCUCAGGAGAAAUGCAAAGAAGGUUCCAAGAAAACAUCUGCUAUCACGGAGAAUCCAGACAGCAAUCAAGUGAUGCCUAGAAGCCAAUGUUAUGGAAAGGAGGAGAAGUCUUCUAACAGAAACGGUGCUCAAUCUUCUGGACAGGGGAACCCUGUUUCUAAAAAGCUGGAACUAAAGCCAUCUGUGCAAGAGCUUGCUGCCCAUGCAGCUUCACUUGCAAUGGUCGAAGUUUCUAAAAACAUUAAAGCCCCAAAAUCUGCUUACGAAUUUGAGAACUCUUGGCGAAGUUUUUCUGGUGACCGUGCGUUACAAACCCAACUGUUGAAGGUCAUGUCACCGAACUCUUUACCUCAGAUCUUCAAGAACGCCUUGACUUCUCCAGUGCUGGUUGACAUAAUAAAAUGCGUAGCUGUUUUUUUCACUGAAGACAUGGAUUUGGCUGUUAAAUACAUUGAGAACCUAACAAAGGUACCUAGAUUCAACAUGCUCGUCAUGUGCCUUACCUCAACAGAGAAAAACGAGCUUAUGAAGAUAUGGGAUGAUGUUUUCUGCGAUAAAGCUACCCCGAUGGAGUAUGCAGAGGUCUUAGACAAACUGAAGUCAAGAUACUGCCUCAAACAGUAACCUAGAAGAUGGGUCUUUUUAACAGCAGCGUAUAUGGUAAAGAUUUUGCAGACCCAGUAAGCAUUUUUUGAUCAUGAAGUAUGUUUUUUUUGUUUGCGGUCCAGAAUCAUACUGGUUCUGCUUCUGUUCAUAUAUCUACCGGUAAAUCGUAGAAUGUAAAAACCGCGAUCUGUUGCGCUCGGGUUUUCAUUUUGGUGUACCUGAAAACUGCAACUAAUAUAAACUCUUUAAAAAAGCUAUGGUUAGUUUUGUUGCAUGUAAGAGAGUUACUUUUUUAUAGGUUUUAAGAUUCAGAAUCCAAAUU